CCCUGCUACAGGAGCCAUCCCUGAUUCUUCUUGAAGACAAAUUUGGAUAAAGGACCUGGUCGAACCGCACCAGACUUUACACAGUGGCACCGGACUUCAUAUACACUUACCUGUCUUUCGCUGUAGAGACGUCGAAGGGCAAAUGAGAACAUGCUGCGGAUUCUGGUGUUGGUGAUUUCGCUGAGUGUGAGCAGUGACCUUGUAGCUGGUCAGAGAGAUGGGGAAAUCAUUAAUCAGAUCAAGGGAACGAAUCAAGCCUUGGCGGAGAUUAUAGAACUGCUGAAGCAACAGAUCCAAUAUAUUGUUUUCCUGAAGAACACAGUGAUGAAGUGUAAAGCRUGUGGCAUGCAAGGUCCCCCUCGCACCUCCUGUGACCCUAACCUCUGCCACAUGGGGGUAAAGUGCAUUGAGACCGCCGGGGGCAUCAAGUGUGGCCCCUGCCCUGAGGGCAUGGAGGGCAAUGGUACCCACUGCACACAUGUGGAUGAGUGUGUCCUGAAGCCCUGCCACAUGGGUGUGCGCUGCAUCAACACCUCUCCAGGGUUCCGCUGUGGCCCCUGUCCCACUGGCUACACCAGCCCCCGGGUGCAGGGAAUAGGCCUCUCCUACGCCACUAACAACAAACAGGUCUGUAAGGACAUCAAUGAGUGCGAAGGACCCAAGAAUGGAGGUUGUAUGGAAAAUUCCAACUGUCUGAACACACCUGGCUCGUUUAAGUGUGGCCCCUGUAAGGCAGGCUAUGUGGGGGAUCAACGCAAGGGCUGUAAGCCUGAGAGAGCGUGUGGUAAUGGCCAGCCCAACCCCUGCCAUGCCAGCGGAGAGUGCAUUGUCCAACGAGAUGGGAAAAUAGAGUGUCAGUGUGGGGUGGGAUGGGCUGGCAAUGGUUACUUCUGCACCUCUGAUAUUGACAUUGAUGGCUUCCCUGAUGAGAAACUGGAAUGCACCGAGAGGAACUGUGCCAAGGAUAACUGUCUAACAGUACCCAACUCUGGCCAAGAGGAUGCAGACAAGGAUGGCAAAGGAGAUGCCUGUGAUGAGGAUGCAGAUGGCGAUGGWAUCCUAAAUACACAGGACAACUGUGUGCUGGUGCCAAAUGUCAACCAAAGAAAUGUGGACGAAGAUGACUUUGGAGACGCCUGUGACAACUGCCGUAUGAUCAAAAACAACGACCAGAAAGACACUGAUAUUGAUAGACUGGGUGACGAAUGUGACGAAGACAUUGAUGGCGACAGAAUCCCCAAUAAUCUGGACAACUGCAAAAGGGUUCCCAAUGCUAACCAGAAGGAUCGAGAUGGGGACAAAGUCGGAGAUGCUUGUGACAGUUGCCCCUAUGUUCAAAACCCUGACCAGUUGGAUAUGGACAACGAUUUGAUCGGAGACCCUUGUGACACCAAUAAGGACAGUGAUGGUGACGGUCACCAGGACUCUCAGGACAACUGCCCUGCGGUCAUCAACAGCUCCCAGCUGGACACGGACAAGGACGGUCUGGGGGACGAGUGUGACGACGAUGAUGAUGAUGAUGGUAUUCCUGACCUUCUGCCCCCAGGACCGGACAACUGUCGCCUUAUCCCCAACCCUCUGCAGGAGGACUCUGACGGUGAUGGUGUUGGGAAUGUGUGUGAGAACGACUUUGACAACGACACCAUCAUUGACAGCAUCGAUGUGUGCCCGGAGAACGCCGAGGUCACUCUCACAGACUUCAGGGCRUACCAGACAGUGGUGCUGGACCCAGAGGGAGACGCACAGAUAGACCCUAACUGGGUGGUGCUCAAUCAGGGAAGAGAGAUCGUCCAAACUAUGAACAGUGACCCUGGACUGGCUGUUGGUUACACAGCGUUCAACGGUGUUGACUUCGAAGGGACGUUCCAUGUGAAUACCGUAACGGACGACGACUAUGCAGGGUUCAUCUUUGGCUACCAGGACUCUUCCUCCUUCUACGUGGUGAUGUGGAAACAGGUUGAGCAAAUCUAUUGGCAGGCCAAUCCAUUCAGAGCUGUGGCAGAACCAGGGAUCCAACUGAAGGCUGUGAAGUCCAACACGGGACCAGGGGAGAAUCUACGCAACUCCCUGUGGCACACUGGGGACACCAGUGACCAGGUGAAGCUGCUGUGGAAAGACGUCCGCAACGUGGGCUGGAAGGACAAGACUUCCUACCGCUGGUUCUUGCAACACAGGCCCCAAGAUGGCUACAUCAGGUAGUGCGCUGCUAUCAGACACACCUCGUAGGCGUCUGAUGGCUUUUGGUGCAGUUUGCCAACGAGGACGUGACCUUCUCCUUUCAUAAUACAUUAAAGGCCCAGUGCAAUCAAAAAUGUGAUUUCCUAUAUUUUAUAUAUAGUUCCACACUAUGAGGCUGGAAUGAUACUGUGAAAAUUUAAAUAAUACCAUUUUAGUGUAAAAGCUUUUUGAAAAGACAGCCUGAAAUUUUAGCCUGUUUUAGUUGGAGUGAGUU